UUAGGGGGGCAAAGCAAAGAUUUGGACUCGAACGGACACGCACGCGAAAGACACGAGCGCGGUGGGGCGCCACUGCUGUGCUGCUGUGUUUGUCAUCACUGGUGUGUUUUUUCGCGCCGCUGGUCUGAGCACGAAUCUGGUGCCGCGACCCGAGCCUCACUGCACCCCGUGAUGGAGAUGGAGACCAUCGCCCCCGCCGCCGUUACAGCAACGUGCACGUUCAUGCACGAGCGCGCCCCCGUCGCCACCGCCGCCGUUUCCGUGGCCCCUCCCUCCAGCGCGAGCAGAGCCGUCAAGAGGCCGCCACGCUCGAGCUCGCCGGAGCUGCUGCGCUGCAAGCGGAGACUGACGUUCAGCGGUCUGGGCUACAGCCUCCCUCAGCAGCAGCCCGUGGCCGUGGCGCGGCGCAACGAGCGCGAGAGGAACCGGGUGAAGCAGGUAAACAUGGGCUUCCAGACCCUGCGGCAGCACGUGCCCAACGGCGCGGCCAACAAGAAGAUGAGCAAGGUGGAGACGCUGCGCUCGGCCGUGGAGUACAUCCGCGCGCUGCAGCAGCUGCUGGACGAGCACGACGCCAUCUCGGCCGCCUUCCGCUGCGGCGUGCCGUCCCCGAGCCUGUCCCACAGCUACUCCGCUGAGCCCGAGUCUCCGCACUCGUCCUAUUCCUCGGACGACGGCAGCUACGAGCAGCUGAGCUCCGAGGAGCAGGAGCUGCUGGACUUCACCACCUGGUUCGACAGAUACUGAGCGGCUCCCUCAGCCGAGCCGAAGGAGAGGGACAGGAGAGGGAGAGCCGUGCUUUCCGGUCGCCCGUGCGGCAGAGGAGGACGCGUCCUGUUAGCCUACUGGAGCUGUGUUCGGAAAAGUUACCACUCGAUCCCUCACUACGCCCCGUUUAAACGAGUCUGUGGAGUUCACUAUAUAGUGAACGGUCAGGGAAACAAGACGACGAUUUGGGACGCAGCCUUCCAUGACGCUCUGUGCCGGUAACCUAGCAACCGGCAUCGACAGACUGGGCUAGCGAGCAAAACAAACUAGCUCGCUAGCUGGAAAAGUAUCAUAAACUGACCAAAACGGAUCAUUUAUGUGUCUAAAAAGUUGAACAAAGCACAAUGUCAGCUCAGCUUAAAUAUCUCAGCUCUUGCCAAAUUUCCAAUGUUAACAUGAAGUGAAUUUCUUCGAAAUUGGCUUAAAGAAUGAAAGCUAUGUGUGCUUGUAUAACGUUACUGAAUUUCUGACCACUUGUGAGGUGACUCGCCUUUUCUAGUAACACUCCUUUACAUGGGGCUAACGCCGUGAACACUGUAGUGCAGCCUACAACUUUUAAGAACUGGGACACCACUACAAAGCCGCUGACGCGCACUUACAGUGCACUAUUUCUCUAGUGGGAGUGAUUCUGAACAAAGCCUUCUGUAGAGGCGCCCUGUUCAGCAGCUUCACGAGUCUCUCGCCCUCUUCUGCGAGAGAAACGGGGAUUUUAAACUAAACCGUCGCAACUUCAACGUUUCAAGGGUAAAAGGGACUCCGGAGAAGCCUGGGCAGAAAGAUUUGAGCUGAUAAGUGCAAUUAUGGACUUUAGCUGUGUUGAUAACGUGGCAUCUCUUUGUAACUGUUUUUAACGAGCAGCGACGGAAAGCUGGGGGUGUUUUUAAAAAACUGCUGACGUCAGCGCCCCUUAAAUGGAAACUCUGCAUUAUUAUAAGCUGUAUUUGUUUUAGUUUUUUAAAAUGAAGAUUUAUUUUUGUAUACCGAGAAAAAAAAAUGCCCACUGCCUCUUCUGUGACAAUGACGAUCUGUUAGCGUUACUAGUCGGAGGAUAUCAUGUUGUUGCUCUUAACACUGACCAUUUCGCUCAGUAGGUCAUGUACUGAUUUAGACACGCUUGGCUCCUCGCGGAUGAGCGGGAGCGCAUGUAUGGAGACAUUUCACAGUGUAUGCACUUGUUCUCAGUGUUCCGUAGACUACGAAAAUGUACAUAUACGCGACCUUAACAGAUAUAUUUUGUGUAAAAAAGUUUUUCUUUUCCUUUUUUUAUAUAAAUAAAUCCACUCUAU